GGGUCAAUGCCGAGAGCCAUUUAUAGACAAAACGAGCAGGGAGAGAGAAAGAGCACACAAAACUUGACAUAUCCUUUUUAGUUUCUACAAACGUGCAAGUACAACCUGGAGUGCACGAACAGAAAAACGCUAAAUUAUAGCACCACUUAGGCGCUGGAAAGGAUAAGUAACACUGAGGAAAACCAGACACAUGCCAUUGCUAUAAAUAACAGUACAUAAGACAGUGGAAACUGAAGUGCGCACGCGGCACUUACAGUGAGCUGCUGAGCACGCGGUAGCAGCUGCAGUCAGUGUGAAGGAAACAGCUGUGUGUGAGUGUUGCAAUGGCCCCGUCGCUCUCGCAGGCCUACAGGAGGCGCUGGUGGAUGGCUGUCACAUCAAUCAUAGAAAACCUGUUCUUCUCUGCUGUAUUGUUGGGUUGGGGCUCUCUUCUUAUCAUGCUGAAGAAUGAGGGCUUCUACUCUCACCUGUGUACAGAGAAUGUCACUGAGGCUCACACUAAUGUGAGUUUGACGGAACGGACGGUUUGGCUGAGCUGUAUUGAGCAGGAGGAGAUUCUGAAUCUGGGCUUUACGAUUGGCUCGUUCAUCAUCAGCGCAGCCACUCUGCCGCUAGGUGUCUUGAUGGACAAGUUUGGACCACGUCCAAUCAGAUUGUUUGGCAGUUCGUGUUUUGCAUUAUCCAUGGCUUUGAUUGCAGUAGCAUCUUAUGAUCCAAAAGUGUUAUCUUCUAUCAUAUUUAUUGCUGUGUCCAUGAAUGGGUUCGGAGGAAUCUGUCUAACCUUCACUUCACUAACAUUGCCAAAUAUGUUUGGAAAUGUGCGGUCUACGAUUCUUUCGCUCAUGAUUGGCUCGUACGCCUCCUCUGCUGUCACCUUUCCAGGAGUCAAGCUGAUCUAUGAUGUGGGCGUCUCUUUUUCUGUUAUAUUCUGGUUAUGGGCAGGGUUUGCCUCCCUUGUCUUCCUCAACUGCUUCAUUAACUGGCCGGGAGAAUCUUUUCCUGGCCCUGAGGACAUCAGAUACACUACAAUGGUGAAGCUGAGAAGUGAAGUAGUGGACCAAAAGAUGACUGAAGAAAGUUCUUUCACUCAGGAGACUCCUAAAGAGCAAGAGGUGACCAAACAGCAGCCUUCCUCUGAUGAAGCACCCAGCGACGGAACAGCUGCUCAGAGCCAGGGACCCCCUCCCUUUCAUCGUUCAGUGUGCUCACCUAUUUUCCUGUGGAGCAUCAUCACAAUGGCGAUGACCCAGCUCCGUGUCAUUUUUUUCAUGGGUGCCAUGAAUAAGAUGUUGGAGUUCUUGGUUACCCAUGGUGACCCUAAUCCCUCAGAGGAGUUGGAGAAGGAGGCAGAGGAGAAAGUGAAUCUCUACUCGUCCAUCUUUGGCACUCUUCAGCUGCUCUGCCUGGUCUCCUGUCCUCUGAUUGGCUACAUCAUGGACUGGAGAAUGAAGGAGUGUGAGGACAUGGUGAAUUCAGCAGAAGGAGAAAAAAGUCCCUCCGGGCCUCCAAAAAGGGGCAGAAAGAUCCAGAAACUCACCAACGCCAUCAGAGCUUUCAUCCUUACUAACACUCUGCUAGUCAUUUUCGGCAUCAUCUCUCUCAUAGACAAUCUACCCGUACAGGUGGUGUCAUUUGUUCUUCAUACUGCAGUUCGGGGUUUUAUUCACUCCUGCUGUGGUGGGCUCUAUGCUGCUGUCUACCCAACCAAUCACUUUGGCACUCUGACGGGCUUGCAGUCCAUGAUCAGUGCUGUGUUCGCCCUCCUACAACAACCACUCUUCAUGUGGAUGGUGGGACCAUUGAAGGGUGAUCCUUACUGGAUCAACUUGGGCCUGCUUGUGUUCUCAUUGAUUGGCUUCCUGCUGCCAGGAUACCUCUUCUACCACCGGAGACAGAUUAUAAAGGAGAAGGCAGCUCUUGAUAGUCUGUCAAUGAGCCAGUCAGCGCAGGAGAGCAACAGCCUCAACCAAACAAAUGAUUCAGCAAAAUAUCAAACAAACGGGAACAUCUGAGGCGAAAACAUUUAGAAUUGAGAUGUAUGUGAAUUAUAGACCUGAUUUAUGAGUUAUUAUAUCAUGGCACUUCAGAAACGGAAUUAUUGGACUUCAUGUUCAGUCACUGUAGAGUCUUGACAAAUAUAAAACAGUGUUAAAAAACAAGCAAAUGUGCAAUUUAAAGCAUCAUUCAAGGCUUUGACUGUGUGACUGGGCAGGAUGUAUUUUCAAGGCUUUUACUAUCAAUCAGAAAAACAUUAUGCCAUGACCUACAAUAUAUAGUUUGCAGUUUUCUUCAAUUAUUAUUAUUAUUGCAUUGACACUUUGAGCUGUCCAUUGAAAUGGUAGUAGAACCAGAAGGAGGUCUUAAAUAUGAUCUAAACUUCCUUUCCGUGAAGCACCUCCAGAAUGAAUCAAAAUUUUCUCUAUUUACUUUAAGAAAAUCACAGUGUUAUUGUGCACAAUUUAUCAGUGCAUUUUAUACCAAAGACAAUCAUUUUGUGUCCAUAAUCUUUAAUCAAAACUUGAUCUAACUUGCUGAGAUACCAUAAAAGGGGAACUUGACCUUCAGUCUCCAUGUCUUGAUCAAAAAGCCUCCAUGAAAGUUUAUGCCGGAGUUUUCAAGAGAGUAGCUCACAAUUGACUGUAAACUUGUAUUCUACCAUGAUAUGAUCUUCAUUAUGUAUGUGCAGGACACAGACAUAUUCAAAUUCACUAGUAUGCGUUGUCAAAACAUAAUGUUUGCCAUUUAUGGAAUGUAGAGAAUGUAAUGUUUUCCUUCGAGACUCAGGUAAAUGAGGCAGGGCUUCAUGUAAUGCUCACUUUACCUUGACAUGGAUCAUUUUAAUAUGAAACCUUUGGUUUUAAGUAGAUGUUUUUUUUUGCCAUCCCUCUCUUACUAAACUUGAUGGAAAUGCAGCUUUAUAUGGCAAAUGGUAAAUACAGAUGAUUAAUUUUAUUGCAGAGGCCAGUUUUGCACUAUAUUCUUUGUUUCAAAAGUGCUGUUCUGUAUGUUACAGAACUGUAAUUGUGUUAUCAGUUUCAAUGAUUCUACUGAUUGUUCAACAUAAUGGUGCUUGUACUGUGCUCAUGACUGUAAAUAUGCCUGAAAGAAAAAAAAUAAAUCAAAUAAAUUCAAA